AUGCGAGCAGUUUGCUUUUCACCUGAAAAGCAACACAAUGUCCUACAGUUGGGGAAGUCAAAGUCACCUGUGACAAUUAAGAAUUUUCAGACAAAGAUUUACCAAGGCAAGCCAGAAGUUGUGAUGUCCAAAUACACAAAAAUAACAACACUUAGCAAAGAAGAUAUCAACUUCAAUUACUCAAUUACUGGUAGUGAAAACAUACCAACAACAACCAUUUCAGCUCUUGAAAAAUUUGGUAAAGAUCAGCUUGUAAACUUGAAGGCAGAGGUCACUGAGAUCUCUGGGACAAAAAAAGUCAACACUCAGUCUCAGGGACAACUUACAAAACAGGACGUCACAAUUCGAGACACCACAAGUUACAUACGACUUGUUUUGUGGGAGCAAUAUGUAGAUACCCUUAAAGCUGGAACAACCUAUAUGUUCAAAAACCUUCGAUUGAAAGUGACAAAUAGAGACAGGUACCUGAAUACUGCAAAGACAGAAACGUUUUUAUUUGAUGAAACCACCCCAUUUGAGCAAGCAUUAGUAGAAGUUGACAAAGGCCAUCUUGUCAUGACAACAUCCGAUGUUUCUGGCAAAAUUGUUGGAAUACAAA